AGCAGGAGGGCUGUGCUGCCUUUUUGUGCUACAGCAGAUGAGUGAGCUCACAACAAUCUGAACACACUCUGGAACUGGACUGGGCUUUAUUUCACUCUCCAACGAAAUGAUGUCAUAUUCAUGUGGAUCACCGCAGAAGCCCACCUUGGCAAAAUACUAGGAAUAUAUGGAAUUAAGUAGAGGACUUCAGCUCAGGACCAUGUUUGUCCCUGUCCUUGUGGUCCUGCUGCUGUCAGGACCACUCUGCUCACUUCAGGGGGAGACUCAAGAGAUGGAGAGCAGUGAGGACAUCCUUGAGAAGGAUUAUAUUUACCCUCAACGCUACAAACGUACUGUUGCCCAAAGUGCUACCCCAACAGACAAAUGCUCCUAUACUUUUAUUGUGCCUCAACAGAAAAACAAUGGUGCAAUCUGUGUGAACUCAAAGGAGCCGGAGGCUCAGCUGGAGAGCCGGGUUCAUAAGCAGGAACUGGAGCUGUUGAACCUGGAGCUACAGAAGCAGAGGAAACAGAUUGAAGCUCUACAGCAGCUGGUGGAGGUGGACGGGGGCAUCGUUAACGAAGUCAAACUGCUGCGCAAAGAGAGCCGCAACAUGAACUCCAGAGUGACCCAGCUGUACAUGCAGCUGCUGCACGAGAUCAUCCGUAAGAGGGACAAUGCCCUGGAGGUGUCCCAACUUGAGACGCGCAUGCUCAACCAGACUAACGAAAUGGGACAACUGGCCACCCGCUACCGGGAGCUGGAGCACAAGUACCAGCACCUGUCCACGAUUGCCAGCAACCAGAGCAUUCUGCUGGUGCAGCUAGAGGAGCGCUGUAAACGGGGAGGUUACUCCCCUUCAGUCAGUGUGGACCGGAGUCCCUCUUUGCGUCCGCAGCCUGCUGUGGUGCACCAGCCCCCACCUGCUCAGAGUCCCGCUCUGUCCCCCGGGGGCUAUAGGCCCUUUCACCCUCACACACUACCCCGACAAAACACCAAAACCAUGACCAAUGUCAUGACCAACUCCAUGACCAACGAGAUCCAGAAUGACCAGAACCCCAAGGCUCUGCCCCCUCUUCCUCCUCCCACACUGCCCAGUUCCACAUCUAGCUUCACCAAUGAACCCUCAGGCCCCUUUAAAGACUGUCUGCAAGCUAUGGACAAUGGCUACAGUGUCAACGGCAUGUAUCUGCUCAAACCUGAAAAUGCCAACAAGCUUAUGCAGGCUUGGUGUGACAUGAGGCAUGACCCCGGUGGGUGGACAGUAAUCCUGAGAAGACAGGACGGGUCAGUCAACUUUUUCAGAAACUGGGAGACAUAUAAGCAAGGCUUUGGGAACAUUAAUGGGGAGUACUGGCUGGGCCUGGAGAACAUCUACUCACUGACCAACCAAGGCACCUACAAGCUGCUGGUCACACUGGAGGACUGGUCUGGGCGCAAAACUUUUGCAGAGUAUGCCAGCUUCAGGAUUGAGGCGGAGACAGAUUUUUACCGGCUCCGUGUUGGACGUUACCAUGGCAAUGCAGGUGAUUCUUUGACCUGGCACAACGGCAAGCAGUUCACCACACUGGACCGGGAUCAUGACGCAUACACAGGUAACUGUGCCCACUACCAGAAGGGAGGUUGGUGGUACAACGCUUGUGCUCACUCAAAUCUGAACGGAGUCUGGUACAGAGGGGGACAUUACCGCAGUCGCUACCAGGAUGGGGUCUACUGGGCAGAAUUCAGGGGCGGAGCUUAUUCUCUGAAAAAAGUGACAAUGAUGAUUCGCCCCAAUGCAAAUACCUACCAUUAACAUACAGCAGCACACAUUGAAGUAUUGUUUACAAUUAUUGGAUGUACUGUAAAUAACACCCCCAGUAUGCAUUGCAUUCCUUAAAAUUGCUUUAAAUGAUUAUUUAUUAUAACAGAUUUUAACUAGUGUUGCUAGGGGAGUUUGCUGUAUACUGCUCAGUUUUUUGUUUUUCUUUUUUAACAGCAACAAUAGAGAAGUUUGUCUUUCUGUUAAGAGGUGUGUCAUUUGCCCAAAGGUAUGGAUGUGUGUGUAAAAGUCUUUACAUUUAUUUCUAUAGCUUGUACAAUACAUACAAUUAUAAUUUGAUCUUUUGAUUGCUUCCAGAUUACUCCAAAAUGAUUGACUUUAAACAUUAGUAACAGGCAGCCUUUGAACAAAGCUUUCACACAUAUGGACCAAAGCCACAGCUCAA